AGUCUAAAUUUAAAAUUUACGCGAGGCAGUCGCUGGCCAAACGUGCUAAAAGUUGCGUCCAAUACUAACUAUCCAUAACCUCUCAAAUGUGCGUGUUUUUAUUGUGAGAAGCGACAGUAUUUUCAAAAAUGUUGGAGUGGACUUUUAAAUUGAAACAAUGAUCAAAUAUUACUUUUGCAGUUUUUAUUUUAAGUUUCAACAACUGAAUUGUUCUUUAUAACAGACCAUGAACGUUACUGAUCCAGAAACUGAAGCCAUUCUAAACAAUUCUCGUUUUUGGAUACAGAGAGUCAUAGUUCCUUUGGUAGUAUGUAUUGGAGUGGUUGGCAACACCGUCACCGUCAUGGUGCUCACCAGGAGGAGGAUGAGGAGUUCUACGAACAUAUACCUAUCUGCGCUGGCGAUAGCUGACAUCCUGCACAAUUUUUUUGUGCUGGUGCUAUCCUUUAAGCAUUACCCGAAUGUACACGAUAAAAAAUAUGAGUUAUUUUGGAGAUUCUAUGGAAUAUCUCAUUGGUUAUGCGAUGCAGCAAGCAGCACCUCAGUAUGGUUGACCGUAUCCUUCACCUUGGAAAGAUACAUAGCAGUAUGCCACCCGAUAAAAGGAAAAGUCCUUUGUACUGAAAACCGAGCCAAAAGCAUAAUCUCCAUAAUCUACAUAUUCUGCCUUCUGACCACCAUGUCCACGACUUUCGAAUACCAGUUAACUCUGGAAGAGUCUUGCAUCAAGCAGUGUCCGGUGCAGCCUGCGAAGAAAACCCAGUACACGACGGGUAACUUAAUGAACAGCAAUGGUACUACGAGCAUUCACAUUCAACAUCACGACAACAUCAAUGAGAUGGCCGGCGAUAAUCCGAACAUUAAACUAUACACCGAUGCACUGGUGAAGAGCCUGCUGGCGAACUGCAGCAAAAAGCACACUCACAUCAUCUACAUACCAAUAUCGAACAUCACGGCUAAUACCGAUCUUGUAGAAAGCCAAAUCGUUCCGCCUGCGACGGAAAAUGUUAUCGAAAACGACAACGUCACCUCCACCAUGAUCACAAUGCCGGAAAACGAAACUAUGGCAAACAACACGGAAUGUUGUUUGAAGAAGUUUACCAUAGAUACGGAGCCUACGACUCUGGGAAGCAACUCAUCGUACUCCACCUUUAUGGCGUGGUACAGCGCAAUCGUCUUCUUCCUACUGCCGCUCAUCGUCAUAGCCACCUUCAACUGUUUUCUGAUCCAAGCCGUCUAUUACUCGCAGAAAGCAAGAAAGGCUAUGACGAAUUCACAGGUAGAAAACAUCAGCAUUUCGAACGAGAAUAGAAUCACCGUGAUGCUAAUAGGCGUGGUUAUAUUGUUUCUCGUGUGUCAGACUCCAACGGCGACGUUUCUGAUAUACAAAAACAUCCACGAGACGAAAAACAAAAGAGAGUUAAACAUCGAACUGAUUGCAGGGAAUGUUUUCAACCUAAUGCAAAGCUUGAACUCCUCAUGUAACUUCGUGGUUUACUGCAUGUUCUCGAAAAAAUUCCGCAGCACAUUCAAAAAGCUGUUCUGGGAACGCAGGAAGAAAAGACAAGACACCAUAGCGCUGUCGUCCUGCAAAAGUCGCAACUCUCAAAAAUUCAAUCCGUACAAAGGCAUGCGCAGAAAUGCCUCCGAGUACAUUACCCCAAGAAAUUUGGAGACUCAAAGUUUGACGGGCAUUCCACGUUCCAAGUCCCUGAUGGUGAGACCGGCGGGCAAAGCGAAAUCCACAGACUUAAUUGUUUAAGUUUUCAAAACUUAUUCGAACUAUAUUAGUUUCAUUUGUGCUUUAAGUAUUAUUUAAGUAGUGUACAGUGUACAUAUUAUCGUAAGCUUUAAAUAAAAAAUAUUUCUUUUU